AUGUCAACGACCCGAAUUCGAAUCCGAAACCGUUCUCCCGAUCGAAAACAAAACGCCAAAAUCUGUCCAAUCGAAAAUCACAAUCGCCGAGUCGAGCGCGGACAAAAGCUUCGUCGAAACGUCGAUCCGGCCCCGCUCCGCUACGCACAGCUGGGGAACUCCGCCUCCCGCCGCGCUCGCAGCCGCCGGCAGCCCGCCAUGGCCGAGCCCUCCGCCGCCGCCGCCGCCGCGGCCCGCCCUUUCCGUGGGCGUCUCGAUUUCUCCCCCGAUUCGCCGCCGAAGCGCGCUCUCUCGCCCGAUCAGCACAAGUUCUGCGCCGAGGCGCUGAGGGCGCUCAAGGAGAAGCUCCAGACGCCCGAGAGGAUCAUGCAGGAGUUCGGUCACUUGCAGGCAAACAGACUGAGGUCAUCUGAGAUGCUGAGGAGCUGUACCGUCGCUCUGGAUGACAUCAAUUUGAGCAAAAAUCGCUACACAGAUGUUGUGCCAUUUGACCAGACUAGAGUUGUUCUGAACCCAUGUAAGGAUUACAGACCUGCGGCGAGGGGUUACAUUAAUGCAAGCUUCAUCACGGCUUCCUCAAACGAAAACGUUAGUCGAUUCAUAGCCACGCAAGGCCCAUUGCCGCAUACCUAUGAGGACUUUUGGGAGAUGAUACUCCAGCAACGUUGCCCGGCAGCUGUCAUGCUUACUCGGUUGGUUGACAGCUACAGGACAUUUAAUUCCGCAGGUGUCAAGAUGGUCAAAUGUGGAGAUUAUUUUCAGGCAGAAGAUGGUCCGAGAGACUUCGGAAAUAUCUGUAUCACGACUAAAUGGAUAAAGAACACUGAUACUUCAUUGGUGUUGCGUCAUUUGAAGGUGAAUUACAAAGAGACCGAGGAGCCACCUAUUUCUGUUCUUCAUAUACUAUACCCUGAUUGGCCUGAUCAUGGAGUUCCGGCUGAUACGAUUGCUGUCCGUGAAAUUUUUAAGAGAAUAAACGAGAUACCACCGGAUGUUGGCCCAAUAGUUGUGCACUGCAGUGCAGGCAUAGGUAGGACUGGAACAUACUGCACAAUUCACAAUACCGUGCAAAGAAUUCUUGUUGGUGACAUGUCUUCUUUAGAUCUAGUCGAUACCAUAACCAUUUUUAGGUCUCAGCGAAUUGGAAUGGUUCAAACGCUGGAGCAAUAUGUGUUCUGCUACAAAGCUAUCAUUGAUGAAUUGGAAGAUUUGAUCUCCUAGGUCAACUGCAAGUAGCUGAAAGUUGUAUGCAUGACGUACGCGUCAUUCAUCAAUUUUGCUUUUUUGAAAGUCACUCGGAAGAUGGUCAACUGCUCGUUGCUUUCUCGAGAAGUUGAAGGCAAUUCAGGUUUAAAUUUUUCCCAAUCUGCUGUUCUCCUUCAAUAGUAGGCAUUCUGCAACAUGUUGCGAAUCGGUGGAAGAACUACCUGCUGGGAGUAGAGCCGGUUUCAUGGUCCCUUGCUCAUUGAUCUUGAAGGUAGUCGUAGUAAUAACUCGUUGGCUGCAUUGUUAUGUCGUACUAACUUCCUGGUAGAUUUUAGAAUUACUGUGCUGUUGUCUGCUACGAGUUAGAUUUUACUGUAUUAUGCAGCAUAUUCAUAGUGCAUGUAUAUGUUUUGUGUUACUUCAGUGGUCCCUGGAGUCUGCAUGGCUGGUAAUGUACCAAAACGACUUUCAAAGCCAAUGGCUUAUUGUUGUGGAUAUGACAAUCAGAAGUAGGGUUACGACCAUUUUUUCCCCCCAAA